AAGACCAUCAUGGAGCACAGAUGCCUUAUCUCAGUGGUGGUCCUCCUGCUGCAACUGUCCUUAGGUUCUACGGAGACUCAUCCUGCCUCUAGAAUUUCAGACAUCUGUAAAGGCAAGCCAAGCGGGAACUACCCUAAUCCCAGCUUCCCUAGCAGCUACAUAGCCUGCUUCAAUGGACAUGGCAACAUCAUGAACUGCCCAGACUCCCUGGUAUAUGAUGGAUCUUUGGAUCAAUGUGUGUACCCAGCCAGCAACAAACCUUCAGAUCCAAGCUUGGAUGUGGAUAAAAACCCCAGCAAUUCAAACUUUUGUGUUGGCAAACCUAAUGGCAACUAUGCCAAUUCCCUUAACAAAGCAACUUAUAUUUCCUGUAAUGAUGAUAUCACGUAUGUGAUGCCCUGCCCUCCGGGUCUGAUCUAUAAUGCUGCAGGAGACUUCUGUGACUGGCCACUUAUUUCCCGAAAAGGCAAAAUUUUGGAUUUGCACUACUCCAGAUCCAGCUCCAGUUUCUGCACAGGCAAAGCCAAUGGAAACUAUGCUAAUCCUGCUGACAUCACGACUUACAUCAGUUGUUUUGAUGGAAUCACCUACGUGAUGCCCUGUCCUAAUGGUCUUGUUUACAAUGAUGCACUGGAUCAAUGUGAUUGGCCAGGUGGAGCCCCCAUUACUCAAGCACCCAACUUCUGCAGUGGAAAACAAGACAAAAACUAUGUCAAUCCUAGUAAUGUCCACAGCUUUAUCUCCUGUUCUGGUGGGAUAAUGCAUGUGAUGCAGUGUCCCGAUAACCUGGUUUACAAUGCUGCCCAGGAUAAGUGUGAUUGGACUACCAAAGGAGGACCCCAUGUUACCAGAAACAACACUUUCUGCAAUGGAAAACAAGAUGGAAACUACGUCAAUCCUAGUGAUGUCCACAGCUUUAUCUCCUGCUCAGGUGGGAUAAUGCAUGUGAUGCAGUGUCCCGAUAACCUGGUUUACAAUGCUGCCCAGGAUAAGUGUGACAGGUCUUCCAGUGGAGGAACCCCUGUAACCCAAGCACCCAACUUCUGCAAUGGAAAGCCAGAUGGAAACUACGUCAAUCCCAGCGAUGCCCACAGCUUCAUCUCCUGCUCAGGUGGGAUAAUGCAUGUGAUGCAGUGUCCCGCUAACUUGGUUUACAAUGCUGCCCUGGAUAAGUGCGACUGGUCUUCCAAUGGAGGAACCCCUGUAACCCAAGCACCCAACUUCUGCAAUGGAAAGCCAGAUGGAAACUACGUCAAUCCCAGCGAUGCCCACAGCUUCAUCUCCUGCUCAGGUGGGAUAAUGCAUGUGAUGCAGUGUCCCGCUAACUUGGUUUACAAUGCUGCCCUGGAUAAGUGCGACUGGUCUUCCAAUGGAGGGUCCAAUGUUACCCAAAAACCCAGUUUCUGCAGUGGAAAACCAGAUGGAAACUACGUCAAUCCCAGUGAUUCCCACAGCUUCAUCUCCUGCUCAGGUGGUGUCAUGCAUGUGAUGCAGUGUCCCGCUAACCUGGUUUAUGAUGCUGCCCAGGAUAGGUGCGACUGGCCUUCUAGUGGAGGACCCCAUGUUACCCAAAAACCCAGUUUCUGCAGUGGAAAACCAGAUGGAAACUACGUCAAUCCCAGUGAUUCCCACAGCUUCAUCUCCUGCUCAGGUGGUGUCAUGCAUGUGAUGCAGUGUCCCGCUAACCUAGUUUAUGAUGCUGCCCAGGAUAGGUGCGACUGGCCUUCUAAUGGAGGGUCCAAUGUUACCCAAAAACCCAAUUUCUGCAGUGGGAAACCAGAUGGAAACUACAUCAAUCCCAGUGAUUCCCACAGCUUCAUCUCCUGCUCAGGUGGUGUCAUGCAUGUGAUGCAGUGUCCUGCUAACCUGGUUUAUGAUGCUGCCCUGGAUAGGUGCGACUGGCCUUCUAAUGGAGGGUCCAAUGUUACCCAAAAACCCAAUUUCUGCAGUGGAAAACCAGAUGGAAACUACGUCAAUCCCAGUGAUUCCCACAGCUUCAUCUCCUGCUCAGGUGGGGUCAUGCAUGUGAUGCAGUGUCCCGCUAACCUGGUUUACGAUGCUGCCCAGGAUAGGUGCGACUGGCCUUCUAGUGGUGGCCCAUCAGUUACUCCAAAACCCAAUUUCUGUACUGGUAAACCAGAUGGAAACUAUGUGAAUCCCAAUGAUGUCCACAGUUUCAUCUCCUGCUCUGGUGGUGUAAUGCAUGUGAUGCAGUGUCCUGCUAAUCUGGUCUACAAUGCUGCUCAGGAUAGGUGCGACUGGCCUUCUAGUGGUGGUCCCUCUGUUACCCCAAAACCGAAUUUCUGCACUGGAAAACCAGAUGGGAACUACGCCAAUCCUAAUGACCCCCACAGCUUCAUUUCCUGUUCUGGUGGAAUAGAGCAUAUAAUGCAGUGUCCUGCAAACCUGGUCUACAAUGCUGCCAAGGAUCAGUGCGACUGGCCUUCUAGUGGCUGUGGCUGUAAUCCUCUUCCCAAUUUCUGCACUGGCAAGGCUAAUGGAAACUAUCCAGUCCCCAACAACCCUGAUAGUUACAUCAACUGCCAAAAUGGAAACCCCACACUGAUGCAGUGUCCUGCUGGGUACAUCUUUAAUGCUGCCAGUGGGCAAUGUGAAAUGCCAGGCUGUAGCUGCAAUCCACCUCCCAACUUCUGCACUGGUAAAGCCAACGGGAACUACUACAAUCCCAACAAUCCCCACACCUUCAUUAUUUGCAGUAAUGGAAUUCCUACUGAAAUGCAGUGUCCUGCUGGUCUCAUCUUCAAUGCUGCUAAGGAUCAAUGUGACUGGCCAGGUUCAAACCUUCCCAACCCCGGUCCUAAUUUCUGCACUGGCAAACCAAAUGGAAACUACGUCAACCCUAGCAAUCCUAACAGCUACAUUUCCUGCUCCAAUGGACUAAUCUACGUCAUGCCGUGUCCCGUUGGCCUUGUCUACAACCCUGCUAAAAACGCGUGUGACUGGCCAACCAGUGGCAGCAAUUCAGGCAACGGCACACAACAUGCUACCCAAGGUUUUUGUACUGGCAAAACGGAUGGCAACUAUGAGAACCCUAAAGACCCCCACAGCUACAUUGCCUGCUCCAAUGGGUUGGCGCAUUUGAUGCCUUGUCCAUCAGGGCUGGUCUUCAAUGCUUCUAAGGACUGGUGUGACUGGCCUCACAGUUUUAGAUCAGGAAUACCAAAUAGUAAUCAGGCUGGAUGGCAAAUCCCUCUCUCUUUCUGCAAAAACAAAAUCAGUGGAAAUUAUAUCGAUAUGAACAGGCAGCACUCCUUCAUCAUGUGCUCCAAUCACCUGACUUACAUCAUGCAAUGUCCAGCAGGCCUUGUAUACAAUGACGCCAUCAAAGUCUGUGACUUUCCACCUGGCUCCCCCUAAGGUACCAUUUGUCUUUCUAAAGUAAGACAUGCUGGAUAUGGUGAAACAGGCCAAAUGGUAAGCGUCUGCAUCUUUAUAAGUUCUUCUAUACACUCAGCAUCUCAGCUCUCUUCAGCCUCAUGACGUCUGCACACUCCACUCCUGUCACUGGACGGUGUUUUCCGCUGAUGGAAGUCUUUGUUUGGGUUCUGGUGACUGUUCAGCUCAGAUGUGUAUCAUUUAUUCAUAUGUAGCAAGACAAUAGUGGGCUCUUCAAAAUGUGCUGACCAAACUGAUAAUUAAGUUAUUACGGCAGACAUAGCUGACAAGAUCAGCCCCAAAAAUGAAAUGUUAUAUAAUUGGCUUUCUGGAAUGUAUUCAUUUGACACUUUACAUAAUAUUGCAUAUGUACAUCAAAAUGUACAAUUUUGUAAAGGAUUAACAAAUUAAUAAAUGUGGUU